ACAAAUCCCAUUUCUCCCCUUGCGUCCUCUGUGUGUGUGGUGCAACAGAUAAAAGUUAGAGAGAGAAAGUGAGAGAGUUUACUACUAUAAUUAAAGCAUAGUUUUUCUUGGGGUUGCAGUAUCUGAUGGGUUUUGCACUCUCUCUCUCUCCUCUCCUCCCCCUCCUCUCUCUCUAGAAAUCUCACCUCCGAGACAAUUUCUUCAAAUCUAGGGAUCACUACUCGAGCUUCCCUUCAAAUCUCUUUCUCUCUCUCUUUCUAAAUACAUCUCUACUUUGAAAGAUCUUCCAUGAGGAUCAGGAAGCGUUUUCUUCUAUCAUCUCUCUCUUCACUCCCUCUCUCAGAUCCCCAACUCAACCGAUCAUCACCACUCCAGCUACUGGUGCAACAACAACCACAGCAAGAGAGCAACACUCGUUCUCAGCCGUCCGAUUCUUUUCCAAAUCCGCCCCCCUCCCAGCCGUCCGAUGGAAACCUCCUGAUCAGGAGUGCAAAGGCCAGUUGGGUUUCCUCUUCUAGACCAAAGGAUGUGGAAGGUGAAGUUGCUGAAGAAGAGGGAGAGAAGAGUAAUGAUACCAAGAAAGGAAACAUCUUAGGUUCAGGUUUACUGCAAGAAACAGGCUCUUCUCAUCAAGUUGGGAGGUGGUGUGAAGGAGAUAAAGUACUAGUUCCACUCCCACCAAAGAAGAGAAGAGGGAGCUUUGAAACAAGAGGUGGUGAUAACGAAACUGAGAAGGAGACGAAGAAGAAGAAGACGAAGGGGAAAAUGAAGUCGAAAACUAACAAGAAAUGCGUGCAAUUAUUACCAAAUGGUGAUGAUCAAGAAAUGAAUGAGGGCAAUACUGGACAUAGCGAUGAUGGUGCGAUCAAGAAGAGGAAGGCAAAGAGAGGGAAUGUGAUAAUGGAGGGAUCGCGGUGCAGCCGAGUUAACGGGAGGGGAUGGAGGUGUUGCCAACAAACCCUUGUUGGUUAUUCUCUUUGUGAGCAUCAUUUGGGUAAAGGAAGGCUUAGAAGCAUUGCUAGUGUUCGAAAUCACGCCGUGGCUACUACAACUAUUGCACCAAAAGAAGACGAGUCUUCGCAAUUAUCAACCUUUGCAGAAGGAAAACUCGGGCAAAAAGUGGUAGACGAAGAGGACGAGGAUGAAGAUAAUGACGACGAGGAAGAGAAGCCAUUGAUGAUGACAAAGAAGAGAAUGAAGAUUGGAAUGGUGAAAGCUAGAUCCAUAAGCAGUUUGCUUGGCCAGACAAACAAUGUUGCAGUUGUAGUAGGAAACGAUAAUGACAAAAAGAUGAGCAGUACUGUCAUGUGAAGAAGACAAAAAAUAAUCAGUAGUGUUAUUUCAUGUAGUACUUGAAUGAAUGUAAGCAAACUCGAGGUUUGAUGUUUUGUUACGUACGCCUGGUGCAAUGCAACUACUACUACAUAUGUGGAGAUUUUGUGUGAAGAAAUAGGUUAUGAGUUUAA